UUCUCACUCUCACUUUCCCUCGCACCUUUUCUUUUUCUAUUUCCUCCCUUUCCUCGUAUCCUCACAGGGAAACACUAACGCCCGCCGCCUCCCGCCGCCGCGAAUACCAUCGACGACGCCAGUCCACUCGAUAAAUUCUGGAGGUCACAUAUUCGGACUCGUCCAAGAUAGGAGCUUUUCUCUUCUUAUUGUUCUAAUUCUUAUGGAUGAGAUCAAAUUUAUUGGAAAUAAUCAUCCUGAAGAUGUUAGAUGGCUUUGUUCACUGUCCGAGUCGGAACUCGACAUGCUGAUUAGCCUAAAGAAGCUUGUCCUUCGACGAGCUCAAGCUGUAGGGCAUGAAAGUCUAGUCCAGAAAUUUGAUCUGAAAAUGCUUCGAGCACUUGGAUUUAUUUUGAUGCAACAUGUUAGUGGAAGAGUAAAUGACUUGCAAUUGACAGACUUAGCUGUGCCGAAAGAUUUGUUUGACGGAUGUACUUUAUUGAAAUUGGAUAGAGUAGAAACGAGAGAGCAAGAAAAGACAAGCUCUGAAAGAUAAGUCUGGAUGCGUGUACCUGGAUCAACUUACGCCCAAAAGCGAGGCUUAUAAGGUUAAUGUAAAGGUCGUUAAGAAAGGAAGAGGAAGUUUUCAUAGCAAAUGCAUUUUAUAUCUUUUGUACAAGAAACACUUAUUCUACUUGCCUUAUCAAAUGCCUCUUAAAUCUUUUACUAAUUCUAAUUGUAUUAGGUAAUAUGCAUCGUAAUUAUGUUAAGUCGUGGUAUUUUGUUAAUGUUUUAUCAACGUAAUAGUUCAUUUUAGUUGCUUGUUGCCUUAGGUAAUAUACAUUGUAGUUAUGUUAACUCAUGAUAUUUUGUUACGGUUUUGUUAAUGUUGUUAGGGUUUUGUUAA